AUGGUGGAUGAGUCGAAGAAAACUGCAGAAGAAGGCAGUUGUGAAAGUGAACAGAAGGUUGAUGAGCUGAAGAAGAAAGCAGGAGAAGCUGGUGAGGAAAGUCAGAAAACGACUGAUGAGAAGCUGAAGAAACUGGCAGAGGAAGCUGUUGAAAAACAGAAGGUGAUUAAAGAAGUUCAGAAACAGACGGCAAAAGAAGCCAAGGUGCUAAAAACAGAGAUAGGGCUUUAUCAUGCUUCAUCAUAUGUUCUUGAACGUAUUUUCAACAUAAAACCGGAUGAUAAAGAUUCUGAGAAAAACAAGAAAGGAAUUGGUUCAGAAUAUCAUCAGGUUUCACCACCGUUUGAGAAAAAGUUUACAUUCUGUGAUGACGAGAAGGUGGAAAAAGCUUUCAACAUGGUUGAUCAAUUGCCAGAAAAUAUAGACAUAACCUAUCCCAAAUCUGAUGAUAUUGGUGAUUCAGAGUCUGUUGAUAUUGAAAAGAAAAAGAAAGUUGAGAAACAGAAGUCAAACAAGUUUGAAUCAAAGCAAACUUGGAAACCAAAGACACCCAAAGUUGUACCACAACAGAUUUGGAAACAAAAAGUUGAUGUUUCAGAACCAAAACAAAUCUGGAAAUCUAAGAAUGAUUUGUCAAAACGAAACGUUCAAAGUGAUUCAAGGUUUUAUCAAAGAAAUGUUUCUAAAGGACAAAUUUGGGUGGUCAAGAAACCAAGUAUUUCUGUGAGUGACAAUAAUCGGAAAAUCAAUUCAACCAAGAAGGUUGAAAAUAAGAGCGACAAAUCUUUUGUUAAAAAUGACAAAGAUUUUCAGAAGUUGAACAAUUCUUAUUGUGUCACAAUACCCAAGGUGCCCCAGAUGUUAGCUGAAUGUCAACAAGGAGAGCAGAUGAGCAGCCUGGCACAAGAGGAGGCAGUACCCUGGAAAUGA